ACUAGUAAUAGUUUUACCUUUUGAUAGACUCCGGAAAAACUCUAUCAUGUUGAAAUUUGUCAUAUCCUUAGCCCUUAUUUCAACCGUUUUGGCCCAAGGCUACCAAGGUGAUCCAAGAACCGCUGCAAUUUUGGCGGAAGAUAGGUACCUUCAAGCGGACGGUCGUUUUGGAGCUCAAUAUCAACAAGAAGAUGGCGUUAACUUUAAAGAAGUGAGCUCACCAGACGGUACACGUCAAGGUUCCUACUCUUACGUAGAUCCCAACGGUCAGAGGCACACUGUUACUUACACGGCUGGAAAAGAUGGUUUUAUGGCAACAGGAGAUGGCAUUCCUCAACCAAUUCCAACAGUAUUGCCAGUAGCUCCAACACCUGCUUACCAACCUUUACCGCAAUACAACCCUCCGGAGUAUUCUAGACCACAAUCUCAGUAUCAGCCACAACCACAAUCACAAUAUAGGCCACAGCCCCAAUACCAACCAGAACCACAGUAUAGACCACAACCUCAACCACAAUAUCAACCUCAACCACAAUAUCAGCCACAACCCCAAUAUCAGCCACAACCCCAAUACCAACCUCAACCCCAACCCCAACCUCAAUACAGACCUCAACCACAAUAUAACCCUACUACACCACCUCCACACAGAUUUUAUCCCCCUGGUAAAUUAUCUUUAAACAGGUCACCUGAUGGUUUCCAAUUUAGCUUCAAAAAAGCUUAAGUAGGUAUGAGUGAUUUAAAUGAAGGAAGAAUGAAAAUAGGAACACUAUUUUAAAUUAAAUUUAUUAUGCUUAUACUUGCAAUAUAGUUUGUAUUUCAAAUGUGCUAAUAAUAUUUACUAUAUUGUGGGGAAGAUUUUUAUUCUACCUUCUUUGUGUGUGCAUUUUUGUGGAAUGGCUGUGUUGUAUAGAGACGACUUAUAUAGUAAACUAAUAAAGAAUUUUAUAAAGUGGUAUAUUAUAUAAGAUACAAUGAGAUUUUUUGUUGAUAUAAAUUUUUUACUCAAUAUACAAUAUUUGUGCUGUACCUAUUUAUUAUUUUUUAAAUUUAAAAAAACUUUGUACUAAGGUGUAACAGACUGAUGAGUACUUAAUAAAUAUAAACAAUUUU